UAAAUUUACCUAAAGCCUGUUUACAAUUUGACACUAAAAUUCCAAAAUAAUUCCUGUGAGUGUCAUUCCCUUUUAAAGCUCUAAUAACAUCAAUGUUAUCUCCUUCUAAGGCUAAAUCAAAAAAACAGCAAUCCAAAGCCAAGUUAAGGCCCAAAAGACAUGCUGUGGCUUCUGCUUCAAUUAUAGAUGUGGUUGAAAAUGACCAAGUAGCUGCAACCAUAAUUUCUCCUUCAGAAUUCCUAAUAACUGCACCUCCUCCAUUCGCUCCUUCAUUUGAAAUUGCUGCAUCCACAUUCAAUUUGAAGAUAUUUGGCUCCGGCGGCACCCAACACAUUAAACUUCGACUCCCUGGAGGUGGCUCUGCCGUGAAGUUCUCUGUCGGCCUUGACAUGACUGUGAAUUCAUGGCAUUCAAGAAAAAGGCCUCUUUUCCCCUUUCCGAUUUGGUUUAGCGAUUCUUCAAUCCAAGCUCCAAUUGAGUGAUUCUGAGCUCUCUCUGUUCGGAGGUUGAAAGGGCUAGCAAACCAAAAUCGUUGUGUCCAGGUACAGUCUCUGAAUAUGUGUUCUUCUGUCUCUUCCUUUCUCCAACAUCUUGGGCAAA